GCUAAGGGAACAGCAUUACCUUCAUGCCACCUCCUGAUGAGCCAAGUAGUUCGCCUGAACAGAAAACUCGCAGUCUCUCCUGCUGUGGUUAAGCUGAACAAGGAGAAAAGUUUGCAUUAGCCAUGCCGGAGAAACAAGACACACCUUUGGUGCCACUGCAGCCACAAACACGAUGCCCUCAGUGUGGAGACAUGCUGGAGUGGUCAGAGGAGCACAGUGUCCUCCUUGGCUGCUCAUGUUGCUGUAAAGUGGAUGAGACUAUUCAGAAUGUAGCCAGAGGCUUGGCUAACAAAAUGAAGGAGAAAACUCACUGGGCAGCUGGGAGAGUGGGUGACAUUGACUUUGUUGGAUCUACAAAGACUAAAGGAAAGUUUGUGAGGGUGUCCAGCAACACAGACCCAGUUUUGAUUUACAAGAUGCUGACAGAGGACUGGGGCCUCUCUCCUCCACACUUGGUCGUGGCGUUGGUGGGAGGAGAUGAGCUGGCUCAGAUGAAGCCCUGGCUCAGGGACACUCUUAGAAAAGGACUUGUGAAAGCUGCACAGAGCACAGGGGCAUGGAUUUUAACUAAUGGCCUUCGCUUUGGCAUCACUAAGCACUUGGGCCAGGCAGUAAGAGAUCACUCCCUGGCCAGCACCUCCUCUAAAGUUCGUGUUGUGGCCAUUGGCAUCGCACCCUGGAACAUGAUCCACAACCGAAAGGCUCUCCUCACUGCCAAGGUGGAUGAGCCUGCAGCAUACACACCACAGGACUUGCCCCAUGGUGCAGUGUAUUCCCUGGACAGCCACCAUUCCCACUUCGUGUUUGUGGAAGAGGAUCCCAACAGACCAGGAGCCACCAGUGAAAUGAGAGUGAAACUGCUCAAACACAUCUCCCUUCAGCGCACUGGUUAUGGAGGAGCAGGAAGUUUUGAGAUCCCUGUUCUGUGUCUCCUGGUCCAUGGGGAGCCCAGAAUCCUAAAGAGGAUGUGUAAGGGCAUUGGAAAUUCCACACCGUGGCUGAUUCUGGCAGGCUCUGGAGGCGUGGCUGACAUCCUAGUCACGCUGAUGAACAGAGGCUGCUGGGACGCAGACAGCGUUCAUGAGCUACUGUUGGACACCUUUCCCAAUGCCCACCACAGCACAGACAUCAGUAACUGGGUCAAGCUGAUCCAAAAGAUACUUGAUCACGGGCAUCUUCUGACUGUCCACGACCCUGAACAGGAAAGCUCCGAGCUGGAUACUGUUAUUCUCAAAGCUCUUGUCAAGGCUUGUAAGAGUCAAAGUCAAGAAGCUCAAGACUUUCUGGAUGAGCUAAAGCUGGCUGUGGCCUGGAACAGAGUGGACAUUGCCAAGAGUGACAUCUUUAAUGGAGAUGUGGAGUGGAAGGCUUGUGACCUUGAGGAAGUGAUGAUGGAUGCCCUCAUCAACGACAAACCAGACUUUGUGCGCCUCUUUGUGGACAACGGGGUGAACUUGGGGGAAUUCCUCACCUACGGUCGCCUACAGGAGCUUUACUGGUCUGUGUCGGAGAAGAGCCUCCUUCACAACCUGCUUCUGAAAAAAUAUGAAGAGAAGCAGCUCUUGCUUGGGGCAGCAAGAACACCUGGUCCGCCAGGACACCAUCCCUCGGAGCAAGGGAAGCCCCGCUUCACCCUGUUUGAAGUCGCCAAAGUCCUGAAGGACUUUCUGCAUGACUCCUGCAAAGGCUUUUAUCAAAAGAUGCCAGCAGAGAAGCCACCAAAGGGCCGACUGUUCCACAGCCAGAAGAACCUGCCCGAGCUGGAGGAGCGCUGUGAACAUCCUUGGCGAGAUCUUUUUCUCUGGGCCGUUCUUCAGAACCGACAGCAGAUGGCUAACUACUUUUGGGCCAUGGGCCCCGAGGCAGUUGCAGCAGCCCUGGCAGGAUGUAAGAUUCUGAAAGAGAUGGCACGCCUGGAAUCUGAGGCUGAGUCUGCACGCAGUAUGAAGGAGGCCAAGUACGAGCAGUUUGCCCUUGAUGUCUUUGGAGAGUGUUAUUCCAACAGUGAAGACAGGGCCUAUGCUUUGUUAGUGAGAAGAACACAGUGCUGGAGUAAAUCCACUGUUCUCAACUUGGCAACUGAGGCUGAUGCCAAAUCUUUCUUUGCCCACGAUGGAGUUCAGGCUCUCCUCACAAAGCUUUGGUGGGGGGCGAUGACGACAGACACUGCCAUCUCCAAACUUGUGGUCUCUUUCUUCUUUCCACCCCUUAUUUGGACCAACCUCAUUAUGUUUAGCGAUGAAGAACUGGAUAAUCGUGAUGGUAAAAAGGAGUUUGUGGAGCUGGACAGCCUCGACACAGAAAAGGCUUUACUGCUAACGGAUGACGAUGAUCCUUUGGAUGCUGCACCUGGAGGUCAGACAUCUCAGAGCUGUGCCAGUGUUUGGUGGCGCUUCCUGCUCCGCCGCUGGCGUCGCUUCUGGAGCGCUCCUGUCACUGUGUUCUUUGGCAACGUCAUCAUGUACUUCGCCUUCCUCUGCCUCUUCACUUACGUUCUUCUUCUGGACUUCAAGAGCCCGCCCGAUGGUCCUAAAGUUCCGGAGAUAAUGCUCUACUUCUGGGUGUUCACCUUGGUGCUGGAAGAAAUUCGACAGAGUUUCUUCACUGACGAAGAAAUUAACAUCCUGAAGAAGUUCAAGCUCUACGUAGAGGACAACUGGAACAAGUGUGACAUGGUGGCCAUCUUACUCUUUGUUGUUGGGGUUUCCUGCAGGAUGUCGGAAGACACCUUUGAAGCGGGACGGACAGUUCUGGCCAUAGAUUUUAUGGUUUUUACUCUACGUCUCAUCCACAUCUUUGCCAUCAAUAAGCAACUCGGCCCCAAGAUCAUCAUUGUGGAAAGAAUGAUGAAGGAUGUUUUCUUCUUCCUCUUUUUCCUGAGUGUGUGGCUAAUUGCUUAUGGCGUAGCUACGCAGGCUCUUCUCCACCCUAAUGACCCACGGAUUGACUGGGUGUUUCGUAGAGCCUUGUACCGCCCUUAUCUGCACAUAUUUGGCCAAAUUCCACUGGAUGAUAUAGAUGCUGCCCGAAUGCCAAAUAUUACCUGCACUGAAAACUCAACUCUGAUUCUCGAGGGUCAUCUACCGCCGUGCCCCAAUAAGUACGCCAACUGGCUGGUGAUUCUGCUGCUAGUUAUCUUCCUCCUUGUCACCAAUGUGCUUCUGCUCAACCUCCUUAUUGCAAUGUUCAGUUACACAUUUCAAGUGGUGCAGGGUAACACAGACAUCUUCUGGAAGUUCCAGAGAUAUAACCUGAUCGUGGAAUACCACAGCCGGCCUGCGCUGGCCCCACCCUUCAUCAUCAUCAGCCACAUCUCUCAGCUCAUCCUCUGCAUGGUUAAACGGCCCGAGUCUAAGCAAGAACAUCUUGAGAGGGAGCUGCCAGUAGGACUAGACCAGAGGCUCAUAACAUGGGAGACGGUGCAGAAAGAGAAUUACCUGGCAAAAGUGGAGCGCCAGCAAUGGGAGAGCAGUGAGGAGAAACUCAAGACUACCUCCUCGAAGGUUCAGAGUUUGCUAAAGAUCGUUGGUGGUUUCAAGGACCAAGAGAGGCGACUGGUAUCAGUGGAAGCUCAGGUUCGAUAUUGUGGAGAAGUGCUGUCCUGGAUGGCGGAGUGCUUUGCGCAGAGCACGCUCAAAUGUGAAAAAGAUGCUCCAAAAGCUCCAACAUCUCUAACAGGCAGCAAGGCAGACCAUACUGCGGACACACCUCAAAGUCACUCUGAGCAAGAAGCCAGACAAGAAGAGGAAGAACCCAAACCUGGUCACCCAGGAUAUGGAGCCAACAAGAAAUUUCCAUACAUUGAUGAAUAAUAAUAGUCACAGCAUUAACUUGUAAAAGAUGCCAAGUCCAACCCUUCUUCUUAUCCUCCUGGCAUUUCUGUUUUUUGUUGUUUUUUUUAUCUUGACGUUACAGUAGUUCAUAGUGCAUCUUUCUUUUAGUAAGAAUUGUAAGUUCAGGUUAUUUGGUUUAUCCUUAGUUUUGGAGCUGCAUGACAAAUGAAGGGAAUGAGUACAUUACAAAGUCCAAAUUAUUGAAAUGGAAUAACAGUUUUAUUUCAGCAGGUUGCUAAAAUGCAGGAAAUGGCAUUUUCAAAGGUGCUGUUUGUGCGUCCGAAAAUGUGGGUUCCUAAUGAUUACAGAGAGCAUCAUUUUAACAAGCAACAAAUGACAAUUUUAAGAAGCCAUCCCAUAAUAUUAUAAAACUUUAAGACAGUAGCAUUGUUUACAUCGUCAAAUCAAAUGACAUAGUUUGCAAAGAAGAAAACAAAAAGUAAAGUAAGCAUUUUGCUGCUCGACAAGCAGCAAAAACUUAUGUUAAAUUUAUAUUUACUAAUCACAUUACCCAGGAAUAGGUAAGAAACAUCAAAUAUUAUUUCAAAAUUACAUUUCUGCAGCUAAAACAGCAGAACAAAACAACAAAAAGCAAUGGAACCCAUGGAAUAUCUUCUACGAUGUUCCAUGAUUGUAAAUCUUUUUUUUUUUUCAUUUCUGCUUAUGAUUGGAAAUUUUAAAGAGCACACCAGGUUUAAUUACUUUUUGCAGUGAUUUUUGCAGAAAUAUGUGAUGUGAAGUUUUUAUUAAAGCGCAGCUUAGAGUUAUAAUCACUUUGUUCUUCUGAGAACUGCUGAAACAUCAUCACACAUGCCCUGAUUUAAGAACUUUUCACUAAACAUCCAGUGAACUGUAAACCAGGGGAUGUCAGUCUCCCCAUCCGGCUUCCCAAAGCACUUAAUUUUAUGUUUUUGUGGUAGAAUCUUUUAUAUUUUAUAUGUUAUACAGGAGCACCUUAUUUCCUUCACUUUCUCCCAUUUCUUCACGCCUUUUUUAUUUUUAAAGUGUCAAUUUAGACUAUACAACUGUUUUUUCCUGAUGUUCUGCAGCAUUUAUUGUCGAUAAUUUCAUAUCAAACGUUGGAAUACAAAAUGUGGAUUCAAUAAAAUAAUUUUCACAUA